GAUCAUCUCUGCUGAGGUCCAGGUAAAGAACAUACCCUGCAACCCUUUAGACCUUGUGAACAACAUCAUGACUACCUUGUCUGAAGCCAAUGCUAAAUUUGCUAUUGAGUGCUACCAGUCAAUAAGGAAGGAGCACCCAUGUGAGAACCUCCUGUUUGCUCCUGUGAAUGCUACCUCUGCUCUGGGUCUGCUUGCCUUAGGAUCUGGAUGUGAACAGGCAGCUGAGAUUGAGAAGGUUCUGCACUGGGAUGAAGUGAAAGAGUGUGUUGGAACCAGAAACAGAAGAUACAUUGGAGCAGUCAGAAGCUUUGGACGAUCAGCAACCAAACUAAAGGCACAACAACAGGUACAACAAAGAAGUGCAACCUGCCCCAAGGCAAGACCGCGUCCUGCUCAAGUCUGUCCUGAACCAUGCCCCAGACCAAGACCACGUCCUGAGCCAACCUGCCCUACUGAACGGCCUUGUCCUGAUAGAUGUGUUCCAGAUUAUGAGUGUGAGACACCUGAAGGAGUCCACACUGCAUUCAGCAAAAUCCUUGCCACUCUGAAUGCACCCAGCACCAACUACACUCUGAGCUUUGCCAACAAGCUGUAUGGGGACCAUGAUGUUGCCUUCAUCCAGAAAUUCAUUUACUGUGCUCUGAAACUCUACUGGUCAGAAGUAGCAAAUGCUGAUCUGAAGAAUUCUCCAGAGGAAGUGAGGAGAAUCAUAAACCUUUGGGUUGAGAUCCAGACACAUGGUAAAAUCAAGAAUCUCCUUCCCAAGGACAGCUUUGACUGUCUUGCUCAGCUCCUGAAAGUAAAUGCUCUCUACUUCAAGGGACAAUGGCAAGUGAAAUUUGACAAAGAACUCACAGUUGAAGCCCCAUUCUACCCACAUUACGCAGAUCAGAGAGAUUGCUACACUGUGCAGCUGAUGAACAGGAAGGGGGUUUACAACACAGGCACCAUUGAUUUCUGUGACACUGAAGUGCAAGUGCUUGAGGUCCCCUACAAAGACAAUGAAUUCAGCUUCUUCAUUCUGCUCCCAACAGACUGCAGUCCAGAAGCUCUUGAACAGCUGGAGGAUGGUCUGAGCCAUGAGCACCUGCUUGACUUGUCCUGUUAUCUGAAGCCUGAAGAGGUGGAUGUCUUCAUUCCCAAGUUCAAUGCAGAGAAGAGCUUUUAUCUCAUUGAAUACCUGGAUUUGCCUGAUGUUUCCGAUCCUGAAAAGGCUGAUUUCUCUCAAGCAACAACCACAGAAGGAGUUGCUCUUACCCAGCUGGUCCAUGAUGCUUUCAUUGAGAUUGAUGAGGAAGGUGGUGAGGAACCAGAGGCCCGCCGUUGUCCCCGGGAUAGGCGUCCCCGUCGGGAGGCCCUGGAGUUUGUGGCUGACCAUCCCUUCGUGUAUUUUGCCCGCCACAAUUGCACCCAGAGCAUCAUUGCUUUUGGCAGAUUUGCUACACCACAAUAAAGGGACCCUUGUGAUCCAUGCAAUGAAACCAACGGAACAUGUAUACGGAAAACCUGUUUUUGAAGAUUUCAGUACUCUGUAUCUUCUUCCUCUUUGGCUCAUUCUCUGGAAUUCUGGUGUUUAUAGAGAUUGGGGCAAAGAGACUUUCUAUUUGGUGGUGGGCCUGAUUCUCAAGUCAGGACAAGUAUGCUUUAAAGGCUUCAUUCUUUGUCUGUCUACAAUUCCCUUCUCUGACAAUUUACUCCUGUUCAGCUUUUUAAAGCAUAGCAUUUCUCCUCACCUCUGAAAAUGAUGCCAGCUUUUUGACAUGGCUGCUGACUAUUUUUCAAUGUUUGCAGUUUGAGAAAGAGAGAGAGAUUCUUUUCCUUAAAGAUAACUGAAGGAGGGCAAUAUCCAGGGAUGUAGUUUUCCCUAUUACUGUUGCCUAGUUCUGAGAGAUGUGGGGAUUUUAAUUUGUCUUGGGAUGAGAUUGUAGUGAAAUAGGAAAACUGAUGUCAUAUGUCACUCACUCUGAAAUCUUCUCCUCUGAAUUGUACUGCUCUCCGUUGCCCAACUGCAAUUUGUGUGUGGGUAUGUGUGUCUUAAUUCCUAUUUUGGGGGAGUGUGUGUGAAAUUCCAUCCAUCCUGGACCGUUAACUGCCCCUAUGAUUGCCUUAAGUCAGCAUUAGACUGCUCUUAGACUGCCAGGAAUAAGUCUGAUUGAACUGAAUGUGACUUUCUUCUCUAUAGACAUAUAUGUAAUUGUGCUCUUAAGCUGUUGACUAUAGUAUAAAUUUUUAACAGGGAAAACAUCAUCAGUGAAAAUCUUUCUGUAUAUCAGGAGACUGUUGCUUUUCUUUGAAAUAUGUGAACCUCUAUUGUCUCUCUCCCCUCUUCCCCCACUCAAACUGUAUCUUACCAAUAGUAUCUUAAUAAAGAAAGCAUUUAAUAAAA